GUAUAGAGGCUCAGCCCUGUCUCGGGCUCUUGGGAAGAAGCCACGCCCACUCCUCUGGCCCCGCCCACGUUAUAUUACUCUAAAUACUAGUCUCUUUUAAACCUGAGUUUCAGCAUGAAUCCACUUGAGAAAAGGAGCCAUUGCGCCAAUAUGUAAUUAUCCCACUCCUCUAUACCAGUGCAUUUCAGAAAUGCAAUUGCUUCGCUUACAUACAGCCGGAAAAACUCACAACGAUCCUACUUCGCUUGCAGUCGGAACGAAUGACUCACAGUCAAUCUGAGAUAUGGAUUGAGAUUUGUGCGAGGCACUAAAAGAGAGCGGAGGGGAAAACGAGAAUUAUUUUGCAGAAAUCUGGUAUCUGCUCACGAUCUGUGUGCGCAACUCGAAAUCUCAGUUUCCGUGCCCUCCCCUACACCCGGAAAUCAUUUCAAAGGAUUUUUUUGGGUUAUCUCGCCACACGAUCUGACUCUUUCAAGACUUGGCAUGGCAAGUUUUAUUGAUAACGGAAAAACCCAGAUCUGUGUCUUGUACAUGCGUGAGCUCUCGGCAUCCCUCUCCAGAGGCAAGACCCCCUUGAGAUGAGUGGGGCCCUCAAGGCCUCUGCAAUGGGAUUCCUUUGGAAGCCAAAGGCAUCCUGAUGCUCACAUGUGCUGCUGAGUGUCAUCUUGGCGUCGCCUAGCAACAAUCCCUCUCCUAGCAACACAGGACGCACUCUGCCGGUACGCAUGGGUUGCCUUGAACUGCCAAAGCGGAGCCAUGGAAGGCUUGGGUGCCUCCGCCGCCUUUUGGAAACACAUCCGCCAGCUGUGCCUGAAUCAGUUCCCCUGUGGGAUUGGGAGCUGGGUAAGAAAGGGAGCGCUUUGAAGCCUCCUUGUCUUUUUUUCCCCCAUGCGCUUUGCCCGGGAAACACACUUUGGAGCAUUCCCAUGUGGCCUUCGUCCAAAUGCUACCGCCCCACACAGCCCGGCACUACGAUUUGGUUGUACCGGCCCCUGUUGUGUCCCGACAGAAUCUUGGAACUGGGGCAUCCAUGCACAAGGGCAUCGGUGCACAGUGCGCACAAAUGUUGCCACAGGCAAAAAGAACAAGUCCCGCUUCCCACCAAGCACCACCAAAGCUUUUGGCAGCCAUGCCGCCCUUCCCAUCAAGCCGCCCUUCCGCGGUGGGCCUCCACCGCCGGAAGAAGAGACCACCGAAGCGCUGAUUGAGUUUCUGAGAAGUCCCAGCUCGCCUUGGGUUCUUCCACGCGACUGCGGCGCCAUUGACCAGCACCUGAGAGAGCUAGCCGUGCACUGGCCCCACAUCAUUAAAGACAGCUUCAUCCUCUCCUACUUCCGCUCCCUCCGGAUCAUCAACAAAGACGUGACUGAAAUCGAUGCGGGCUUAUUAAAGUUUCCAAAUUUGGAAGAGCUCAUCCUGAGUGCAAAUCAAAUCAGCAGAAUCGAUUCCACCAAUCUCCCGCCGACGCUGAAGGUGCUGGAGCUUUGUGGGAAUAAAGUGGACAGCUUGAAGGACUUGUGUGCCCAUGCGCCACCAUCCCUCCAGCACCUUGGCCUGGGCUACAACUGCGAGCUGGGCUCACCCGAGGAGCGAUACCUCACGGCCAAUUUCUGGCCGAGCUUGGUCUCCCUAGACUUGAGCUACAACAAUUUCAACAACUUGCUGAGCCUCAUUUCCAAGCUGAUGACGCUGGAGAUGCUCCGGAUCCUGGUGCUGCAGGGGAACCCGCUCUCUCUGCUCCCCGUCUAUCGGGGCUUCACCAUCGACAGCCUCCCGCAGCUCUGCACCCUGGACGACAUGACGGUGACCCCGGACGAGAGGCGGUACUUCUUGGGCUUGGCGCACGAACCAGAGCUCCUGAGGCGCCACACGAAAAUGAUUGUCUCUGUCGGCAGAAUCCGAGGCGUUCCUUACCCGGUCGUUUCCGAAGAAGUCGAAACCGGGCCCGAAGCGCCAAUCAUCACCUACAGCUACUAUGUGACGUACGAGUUUGCCAAAGGGGAAAGGACCCAGGAGAAGGAAUCGGUCAAGGUGGUGUUGUCCCAGCGCACGCCCUCGGCUUCGCUGAAGACGAAAAGCUCCCCGGCGCUGAUGAAGCAGACCAGCAGCUGGCCACCCCAGUCUCUGGAGGUGCUGUCGAAAACCGAGAUGCCUGCUCAAACCGCAAAUACUCAUUGCACCCUCCGAAAGCCCUGGGCGGAGACUAUCAAGUGCGAAUACAAGAAAGAACAUGUCACCCGGGACCUGAUUGCUUUGAAGGCCUAUCUUCUCACUGGGACCAAUGUGGCCAUUGUGGAGGAAAAGGUUGGAAAAGGCAAAGUUUUAUUAUUCGGGAUCGUGUCCUGGCCCAUCGUGGUGACUCCCGACGAAAGCCAAAACAAGAAAGGGAAGGGGAAAGCGGAGAAAAAGAAAGCGGAGAAGGAGAAAGCGGAGAAAGAGAAAGCAGAGAAAGAGAAAGCCGGCAAAGGAGAGAAAGGGAAAAAGGAGAAAGGAAAAGCGGAGAAAGGGAAAGGGAAAGACGCUGGAAAGGGUGGGAACAAGAAGAAGAAGAAAUCUCCCUCGCCGGAGCUGCGAAGCGACCCCCCCAUCUUGAAAACCUUGGGCUCUGGCCACGUCAACCUCGACUCCAUUCUCGCCGGAGAUUCGCUGGUGGACGUGGUGUGCAACUUUGGCGUUUUGAUCACAGACCUCAAUGCCCGGCCCCCCUCUGUGAAAGAAAAGGAUAGUAAGAAAGGUGGGAAAAAGGACAAGAAAUCGAAAAGUGGGACAGAGGUGGCAGUCGGACGGAAAACCCCACCGCCUGCAAAAGGGAAGGGAAAGAAGAAGGACUCUCCCGAAGGAGAACGGAGGACGCCCACGAACCAGCCGGUGCCUCUGACCGUAGAAUUCCAAAUGCAGCACAUGAAGUGGGGUGCCGAUUCCCAAAUCCUCAUGAAGUCUUAGCAUGGGUUUCGCUUUGGCAUAACAAGAGGAGACUUCCCAAGACCUUCA